UGUGAAUAGAAUAAUACAAACUCUUCUAAACUUUUAGCAAAGCCAUAGAUUUGCGAUUGAGCACCUCAUCUCAGACCAGAAGAAAAAGUAAAAUUACGAAGAACGAUUUGAUCAAUUUUCGAUAGAACAAGAUGUCGACUCUUGCAGCUGCCAGGGCAGACAACUUCUACUAUCCACCAGAAUGGACUCCCGAUCAAGGUUCCUUGAACAAGUUUCAAGGACAGCAUCCUCUGAGAGAGAGGGCAAGGAAAUUAGGCGAGGGAAUCUUGAUCAUAAGGUUCGAGAUGCCCUAUAAUAUAUGGUGUGGCGGCUGCAAUUCUAUGAUCGGCAAGGGUGUUCGAUUCAAUGCAGAAAAGAAGCAAGUUGGGAACUAUUAUUCCACAAAGAUAUGGAGUUUUGCAAUGAAAGCACCAUGCUGCAAAAAUGAGAUAGUCAUUCAGACAGAUCCCCAGAACUGCGAGUAUGUAAUUACUAGUGGUGCCCAGAAGAAGGUUGAGGAAUAUGACGUGGAAGACGCAGAAACCAUGGAGCUCACUGCUGAGGAAGAGAAGGGUAAGCUUGCGGACCCGUUUUAUCGUUUAGAGCACCAGGAAGUUGAUUUGCAGAAGAAGAAAGCAGCAGAACCUCUUUUGGUCCGUCUCCAGCGAGUCUCAGAUGCAAGGCAUGCAGAUGACUACUCCCUAAACAAAGCUCUACGAGCACAAAUUAGGGGGCACAGGAAACGUGUAGCUGAAGAAGAGGCUGCUUCAAGGAAGCUAGGCUUGGGGAUAAGACUUCUUCCAAAGAGCGAAGAAGACAUUGCAGCUGCAUCAAACGUGAAAUUCAAGACCAAGUUUGAUAAGAACCGAAAGGAUAAACGAGCGCUGAUUCAUGCAUCUUCCAUCUUUCCCGAGUCAUCUUACGCGAUGUCAUCAUCGAGCAAGAAAAGAUUGGAGCUAGAAGCAAAGAGAAGGAAAAUAAGUGCCGCGUCAGCCUCGAGUCUAUUGAGAGGAGGAUUCAAAGCUUCAGCAUUGUCUAAAGUCUCAUCAGCAAGCAAGUUCAAGAGUUCAUCAGUUUCUGUAAUAAGGAAGCACUAAUUUAGUAACUGUGCUUGAGCCUUGAAGUUUAAUCCGUGUAAGAAAAAGAAUAAAAUCAACCUUAUCAGUGAGAUCUUUCUACGUGUGGAAAAUUGAUGUGAUCGUGUUCUUGUUAGUUUUCACUAAUUUGGAUUUGUUAAUCAGAAUCACCAACAAAAUAUUCCCUUUUAGUGUAAAAUAAAGAUGAUGUUUGGAAUUGAUUAGAUUUUUUAAUACAAUGUAAUAUGUA